AUGGGCACCACAGAGGCGACUCUACGAAUGGAGAACAUGGAAGUGAAAGACGAGUGGCAGGAUGAAGACUUCCCCAGACCGCUGCCAGAGUACGGAGACAUGGAUCCGUCCUGUGGCCUCACCGACGACAGAACCUCUCCCCCCGCCUCCCUGAACGUCAGUCCCCCUGGAGGAGGCGUCGGCGUCUCCUCGUCCCACCGGAAGCGCCGGACGCUGGUUGCCCCGGAGAUGAACCUGUCCCUGGACCAGAGCGAAGGCUCGCUGCUGUCGGACGACUUCCUGGACACGCCCGACGACCUGGACAUCAACGUGGACGACAUCGACACGCCGGACGAAACUGACUCGCUGGAGUUCAUCACCAACGGCAACGACCUGGAGUGGGAAGACGACACGCCGGUGGCUUCGGCCAAAGCGGCUCCAGCUGACGGUUCCGGUGAAGCCGGCGAGGACGGAAACGCCAACAACGGACGCCUCUGGAGGACGGUGAUCAUCGGAGAGCAGGAGCACCGGAUCGACAUGCAGGUCAUCAGACCGUACCUGAGGGUCAUCACUCACGGAGGUUACUACGGAGAAGGACUGAACGCCAUCAUCGUGUUUUCUGCCUGUUACCUGCCGGACAGCAGCUGUCAGGACUACCACUACAUCAUGGAGAACCUCUUCCUGUACGUGGUGAGCAGCCUGGAGAUGCUGGUGGCUGAAGAUUAUCUGAUCAUCUACAUGAACGGAGCGACGCCUCGGAACAAGAUGCCCGGAAUCAGCUGGCUCAAGAAAUGCUACCAGAUGAUAGACAGACGGUUGAGGAAGAACCUGAAGUCUCUGGUCAUCGCUCAUCCUACAUGGUUCAUCCGUACCGUCCUGGCCAUAUCCAGGCCCUUCAUCAGCGUGAAGUUCAUGAACAAGAUCCAGUACGUCCACAGUCUGGACGAACUGGCAGAACUGGUCCCCAUGGAGCACGUCCAUGUCCCAGAGUGUGUGGUGCAAUUCGAUGAGGAGAGGAUUAAAGCCCGGAGGGAAAGGCUGGAGCAGGAGCAGCGGCAGCAGGAGCAGCAGUCGGUCCCUCAGGAGCCAAUUAAAAAGUCCGAGAGGCCCAAGUCGAUGAUCGUAGAUCAGGGCUUAUGAGACGGACGGAGCUCUGCAGGUAACAACAGCUACAGUGUGUUUCCUGUUUCAGCCACCAAGUGGCGCUGUGCUCCUUCAGCUCCAC